AUGAACGCUAGUAGAAGUUCAUCGGAGCAACGUACACGCUAUACAUGCGGAGAUAAAAUUCACAUUGAGCAUGUCUCCGCCCUUGGAGAAGAUAAUCUACCAUCAAAAACAGAGCAUGUACAACUAGUGUAUGAACUGCGAAACAAGCCUAACUUAUACCCAACCAUUACUCAGAAGUUUGAAGGCGAACUUUACCAUAACCUUAGCUGUACUGCCUUUGGUACUUAUAGGGAUGGUUUAUCAUGGCUCUAUUUGGCUGUAUUUCUGUCCACGCAAUCGCAGUGCGAGAGGCACGAUGCAAAUAAAUCACCACAGCUAGAAAGAGCACACUAAAAUGAGUAAAAGUGCAAUGUUUGGUUGCAAAAUGUUGUGAAAUGCGAAAUGUUGUGAAAUGCGAAAUGCACAAUGUUGUGAAAUAUAGCCUUGCAAAGUUUGAAAAUUUUGUAUACUUUUGUAUUGCGUGCGGAAAUUGCUACCAUUUUCGGCCCUAAUGUGGUAGCAAUUUCCGCACGCAAUAUAAAAGUGUACAAAUUUUGCAAACUUUGCAAGGCUGUAUUUUCCGCAUUUUACAACAUUUCGCAACCAAACUUUGCAGUUUUUACUCAUUUUAAUGCUCUUUCUAGCUGUGGUGAUUUAUUUGCAUCUCCUUGCCUAGAUUUAAAAUUAGUCUAUAAUGGGAAUUGUCGACUAUUGGUGCAGUCUUGUGCUUCACUUACAUACAUUUACGCCCGUAUUCUAAAAGAUCACUCACACUCAAUGAGUGAAUGAGUGCAAGUUCAAUCUGAGCUUCUCUUGAGUGUCAUAUUACUGUUUUUGAAUAGCUGAAGGGCUAAUGUCAUACCUCACUGUGACUAUUAACCCUCCAGCUAUUCAAAAACAGCACUGACACUCAAGAGAAGCUCAGAUUGAACCUCCACUCAUUGAGUGUGAGUGAGCUUUUAGAAUACGGGCGUUAGUUUAAGAAUAAGCUGUAUUGCAUUACAGUACCUGUUCAACAUAGCAUUAACAUUUUGCGUAAAGUAGAACUGCACGCUUAACUUUUUAGCUACUUCAUGAACAACUAGAAGAGGAGAAAAGACCUUGGUAGACGCUGGUCACGUGAUCUGCUAAAAUCUAACAGAUUUCUAAUUAACUAUCUUGGGUUCCUUUACGACAAUCAUAUACAAGAUGCAAAUUAUAAAUUAAACUAUAAAAAUCAUCCAAAUAUCGAAUAUUUAUUGACCAGCGUCUACCAGGGUCUUUUCUCCCCUCGCCAACAGGAAAGAUCUUUGGUACGAGGUUGAUACAUUCUAACUACUAAUUCAUGUAUUUUAAUAACUGCUUUUCUGUUUUUCUUUAUUCAAUCCCUCGGAAAUUGAACAAUGUUGAAAUUGGAAACGUUGUACAAAAUAAUAAUAUUAUAUUAUGGGCUACAAAAUAGUAGGAGAUGAAACGUUUUAUAAAAGUCUACUGAGUACUGAUAUUAUUCGCUUUAACUAAGCGCGAAACCUUAAACUCUAUAAGCGUGAUAAGUGCAAUGGGAACACUCUCCAUCGUAAAUCUUGUCUGUAUGCACAAGGAAAACACUAUGUGUUCCCAUAGUCCUUUUCGCGCUUAGAGUUUAAAGGACAUUGGCAAUAAAAAAUUAGUUUAGUUCAUUUGAAAGAACUCUUAAAACUAUAUAUUAAACUCUAUUACAGAUUGUUUAUAUCUUGCUUAGUUUUCAAAAUAUUUCGACUUGAAAAAGUGGGCUGUUCGCCAUCUUGGAUUAUUGAGGAUAUGCAUGUUACGUCAAGAGAGGGGUGACGCUAAUUUUUUAUCUUGAGAGUAAGCGAUCAAUAUGGGUCCAAAACUUCGUUUCUGGUUGCUGUCAGAAAUUUAAAAUGAUUAAAAACAUUUCAAACAAUUUUGGAUUGUUAUUCGGUCACUUUCGAGAAGUUUUAUAUGGUUAACCCAACUCCUGACGUCAUCAAAACCAUAGUUGAUGAGGUAAAGAAUUUUUCCAUGAUGGCGGAAAGCUCAUUAACUUCGGUCUAAAUAUUUCGAGAACUAAGCAAGAUAUGACAAAUCGGUAAUAGAGUUUAAUAUAUAAUUUUAAGAGUUCUUUUGAAUGAGACACACGAAUUUUUUAUUGCCAAUGUCCUUUAAGGUUUACGCCUGUAUUCUAAAAGCUCACUCACACUCAAUGGGUGGAAUCUGAGCUUCUCUCGUGUGUCGUUGCUGUUUUUGAAUAGCUGGAGGGUGAGUGCCGUACCUUACUAUGUGACUACUCGCCCUCCCGCUAUUCAAAAACAGCAUUGACACUCAAGAGAAGCUCAGAUUGAACCUCCACUCAUUGAGCAUGAGUGAGCUUUUAGAAUACGGGCGUUAGAGUUUUAAAGGACAACCUGUAUAUAGCCAUAAUUUUGUUCUUUAAAUCGAGACCAAAAUACGAAAUUUCGGCAUACUCCUGCAUGGCAGCUUCGUGUUACUGGAACUGACGUCCAAUAGCUCCAUCUUGCCUUCAGUUUUUGGACUCGAGUUCUCAGUUAGGAUGGUUGCAUGUCUCUAUGUAACAAUUAGAUUGCGAGCUUGAGAUUUCUACGCGGUCAUAGUUGAUGAGGGCGAAGCCCGAAUCAACUAUCACCUCGUAGAAAUCGAAAGCGAGUAAUCCAAUUGUUUUAGUAGAAUCUCAAGUAAAGAAUCAAGUUCGUCCUCAGAAACCUCAGAAAAACGUGAGCCGGAAGCCAUUUUCUUUUUAAUGAAUUGUUUUGCUACUCGCUAUCUAUCGAGGAAUAGAUAGCGAGUAGAGUAGCCAAUCAAGUUACAUCAUUUGCAGUAGUAUACUAGAAUGAAUAAAACAAAAGUUAUUCCGAAUAAGGAGUGCAUAAUAUUAACACACAAUUUAUAAAAACUGUAUAUUUCUAAUCUAAAUCUGAUUCAUCUUCAGCAGUGUUUUCCAAGAUAUGUCUUAUAUGGACAUAUCUUGGACAUAUCUUGCAAAACACUGCUGAAGAUGAAUCAGAUUUAGAUUCGAAAUAUACAGUUUUUAUAAAUUGCGUGUUAAAAUUAUACACUCCUUAUUCGGAAUAACUUUUGUUUUAUUUUUGCUGAAAUUAUCAGCCGGAAAUGGAUUCUGGAAAAAUAUACCAGUACGAUUCAACAAAACUAUAAUUAACGUGAUGUGUCUGAUAAGAUAACGAAAUGUCAUAGUUGCAUGUAUAACGAAGUUUCCCUCAGUUAGCUUUAACCCUCGUACGUUUUCGUAAUAUUUACAGUUACUGUAGCUCUUUGGGGUUAAACUAUUCUAGUCCUGUUGGGUGGGAAAGGGCUGAUGAAAACGAUGUGCAACAGUUAUCGUUUCAUUUAACUGGUUGCAAAAUGUAUAGCACCGUCAUGAGCAUUGCUGGAGAAGGCCAUUUUUUCACUAUCAAAGUUUCUGUGAUCACAGUAGGAAUUUUGCAUAGAGGUAUAUACAUUAUAAGUUUUGAAGAAUUUGUAAGAAAUCUUCGAGGCAACUGACUCGGUGUUAAACAGUGAGUCAGUUCCCUGAAAGAUAUAUUACAAAUCCUUCCUGUGCAAGAAUUGACCUAUGCAAGAAUUUAUGCCCGGCGCACACGAGAGCAAUUUGCUGAGCUAACCGCCUCGCGAAGCGGUUAGCUCAGCAAGUAGCUCUCGUGUGCGGAUAGUUUUCGUGAGGAUUUGACCUCUCGAGGCCUUGAGGAAAAUAUCUAUCGUGUUUGAUAUUUUUCGCCUCGCGAGGAAAAAAUCUCAGCGUCUGCGGAUGUUGUGAGCUAAGUGCUGAGCUAUUUGAAUGAAUUAGCCAAUGACAAACCAUGGUUUCUUCAUGUGACUUGGAACAAAAUGGAGGAAAAUGCAAAUGAUUUUGUCAAUUAUGUUGUUGUUGAGUAGUUCUCCCAACGUGUGCGGUGAAAAUACAUAGCUGAGCUAGCUGCCUCGCGAGGCGGUUAGCUCAGCAAAUUGCUCUCGUGUGCGGCGGGCUUUACCUAUGCAAAAUUCCUAUACUGUGAUCGCGGAAACUGUAAUAAUGUAUACCGGCCUUUAGUGAUGUACUGUACUAACAUCGAUAAAGAUAUUUAUUAUUGAGAGGAGUACAAUUAUUUCAUUAAUUGUACUGCAUUACAAUUAAUGAUUUUCCAAAAACAAACAAACAAAAUGGCGGAAAGGUAUUUAAACACAAACGAAAUUGCCCUAGAGGAACUUAAAGCAGAAGAACUAAAUGAAAAUACGAAAAAUUAAAGCACCAAAUUUUGGUUGAAAAUCUGGCAGGACUGAACUUUGGCGAGAGAAUAUGAUGUUGACAUUGAGAAUUAUCCAAUCUUGUCGUGCUAAUAAUAAACAAGUAAUCAUGCGUUGUUGCUCGUACAAUUAGGGAUUAAUAGUACUCGUGAUGUUUGGAAAUUUGCCAAAUUGGACUCGCCCCGGCGGCUCGUCCAAUUUUGGCAAAAUUUCCAAACAUCACUCGUACUAUUAAUCCCCAAUUGUACUCGCCAUCGCAUGAUUACCUAUACCAAUAAAGGUAAACUCAAAGUGUGAAGCAAAGUAAUAGAUAAGUGUUCUUUGUUUCGUAUAGAGCAUUUCCAAUCGCACGAGCUCUGGACACUGGCGCUGAUAUUGUGAUUACGGGUCGAUGUGUUGACAGUGCAUUAGCCUUAGGACCUCUCGUGCAUACGGUAGGUAGUACAAUAACUAACUGCUGGCUUUUACAAUUUUUAGAAAACAACCGACGAAGCCUUUGUAAAAAGUCUUCAUUCUUAAUUUUUUUUCUGUUAAAUUUAUUUAUUUAAUUCGCCUUGUACAUAUUACCAUAGUGGCAGGAAAUCCGCAACAGCGAUAAUUUCCAAUUACUGCGUGCCCGAAUAGAUAAAUUACAAGAAUACACAUAUUAAACAACAAAGAACAGUAAUAACAAUUCCUACAUACUAGAGCAUAAUAAUGACGUUGUAAGACUACGAACAGAAUUGCUCUUAGGACAUAUAGUUUUAUAACAACGAGGAUCCUCAACAUCGUAACAUGAGUACAAAGAGGAAACAUUGCCGACUUAAAUGAAGAAAGAUCCGUAUUCAAAUUAAGUUCAUCAACGAGAUGGUUCCAAAUUCGAGUUGCCCGAAUGGCCGAAUCAUGAAAAAUCUUUCGUAUGUUACUGUUUUGCAUUUCGGCACGACGAACUUGGAACUGUUAUUUGCGGAGGAUCUGGUGGAUCUGGAAGUGCGGAUAGUUGCAUGUAGGGAUGCUUGAAUGAUUACUAGUUUGUGAGUUAUUUUAUAAAAGAGCACCAUGUCUAGCAGAUCGGUAAGAGGCCUAAGGUUUGAAGUCUGGUGGUAUAGUCAGUAGAGGAGAAAAAUGGAAGACUGAGGAUGUAUUGUUUGCUCUUCUCUGUGUUCGUUCAAGGUGGCGUAUUAGUUCGAUGGAUUGUGGUGCCCAUAUUUGGGUAGCAUACCCCAGGUGUGGCCGAACUAGCGCAAGGUAUAAUGUGCAUCUCACUUCCUGGUUGUGGAUAUACAUUUUGGAUCUUCUGAUGUAACCCAAUAGUUGAUUUGAUUUGGCCGACUGCUCGUACACUUGUCUGUUCCAGGUUAAGUUUUUAUCCACAAAAAUGCCGAGAUCUCGUUCACAUUCAGUCUGUACUAAGUUUCCGUUGUUAAGUUUGUAAUUAAAUGUUAUUGGUGUAUCACAGUAUAGAUGUACAACAGUAUGGCCACUCAGUAUCAAAAAGUGUCCGCAUUGUUUACUGGCUGCCAACCUAAUUAACAUAUUGGCAGCCAGUAAACGGCAGCAGUUCUCUACAAAAUUGUAUUACAGAGUAAAUGGUUUUGACCGCGCAAGACGUCUGGAACCUAGCUUAAAAAAUUCCCACUUUUGUCUCCCCUGAAUGGCCUUACUGGCUGUCUCCCUAUACUGUGGUGUCAUCUUUCUUGUUAUACUUGACUUAAUGGUUGUUACGAAGACCAGGCUUUUAGACAGAUGUCAAAACUGGCCGCCAAAAAAAUAUUGUGUUGCCACAGAUUAUAUUUGCCACCGCAUUUAUCGUGUCAAUGUUCGAAAAUAUUUGGUUACAUAUAAUAUAUUUGGGACACGCUCUGGGAUUGUUAGGAUCUGACAGGGCGUGGAUCUGAUUACCUUUCUGCGCCCUACCAUCCCCUAGACAUGCCUUUUGACAAACAAGCUUUACUUGAAGUAUCUCGAAGUUGGAAGAACAAUACUUCAAUACUUAGAAUUUUUGGUUUACCUUUUUGUUUUCUAGUUUGAUUGGAAAGAAAAUAAUUUUGAUCUUCUUGCAUCUGGAAGGUAAUCAUUUGAUUUGCGCACGUAACUUAGAUAGGGAUGGUGAGGCAGACAGAACAUGUAUGGUAGGUUUACGACAAAUCUACACACUCACUCAGCUACCUACCACAUUGCAUUGAACCCUUCAUCAUGUCACGAGAGUUUUCAAGUUUUUUAAGAACGGUUUGCUUAUUAUUGCUAGCUUUUUUGGAAUUUAAUCGGUUUGACAAUGAUUUUGAAAUAAGAUCGAAAUAUCUAUCACCGCGUAUCUUGUAUUGUUGUAGAUUCCUCAAAACUUGCAAGCACAACAUGCUAUUGUCCGGUGUAUGUUUUAUAUUGUAUUAGCCUUUUCCCAAAAGAGAUCACAGUGCAUUCUGGGAUCGUUUGGAGGGACAAAAUAUAUGGUGACAGGCGUCAAAUAUGUGAAAGAGUGGAAGUACCUACUAUCAAAAUCAACUUUUCAGACGACCAAAAAUGAAAUAUCUCCUUUUUACAUUAAACGUUUAAUCUAAAUGUGUGUUGCCAUAUUUCUUCUCCCUCCAAACAUGGGAUUUGCGCGACUAGACCCAGGACUUUAGGAAAUGGCUAAUUGCAUUUAGUAUUGACAAUGUGUUCUCAUCUAAUAUUAACUGUAGUCUUGCUGGUCAUCUGAUUGAAUGUGGAGCUCAGUCAACAGGUGGAAUAUUAACAGAUUGGCAAACAUCACCAGAUUGGUAAGAUGAUGUGUUCAAUAUUUUUUAUGAUGUAAGUAAUCAGGUGCAUGUAGAUAAGUAUUUUUCCUGUCGGCAGAAUAUCGUAUAGUUUUCAGAGAACGUACGGUUCUGCAUAGUCUUCCAUUUCAACAUAUAACAAUUAGCAAAAUAAAUUUGAGAUUAUAUAUAUAUAUAUAUACUUACGCAGUGUGUUUAAAAAAAGGUAAUCGAACUUCAGCGCGCUAUUGUACGUGAAUUACUCGGCGUAUGAACAACAUUUUUUCAUAUUCGGAAAUAUCAGGAUUUUAUAGCUAUUGAAUGACAUGUUUUUCAUGCCAAGUGGAGAACAAAUAAGCAAGUACGAGUCCUAUAAAAAAUGUUAGUCAGAAUCGCAUAUGUGUAUAUAUAUAUAUAUAUAUAUAUAUAUAUAUAUAUAUAUAUAUAUAUAUAUAUAUAUAUAUAUAUAUAUAUAUAUAUAUAUAUAUAUAUAUAUAUAAUGUUGCAGAACGGAUUUGUAGAUGGAAAUUUCGAAUGGAAUUUUUAUACAUUUAUUAGACCUAACCAGGGGCAGUUGCAAAAAAAGCAACUUGCAUGUUGCAUCUCAAACACUGAAAAAAAAUCAUGAAAAAAAGAAAAAAAUCAUUGCAAAUCAUGAAAUGUAAAACAUUGUGUGUAUUGUGUCCUAUUCCAAUGCAAAAUGCAACAAUAUAGAACACAACAAUUUAUCAAAUAUAAAAGGCAAAUAAAGUAUUAAAAACUUUAUUAUGUAAUAUUUACAUUGAAUUUCGUGGUUGAAGUUGUAGAUUUAUACUUGGAAUUUUUGAACAAGAAAUGUUUCGCUUUAUUAUGUUGAAUUUUUACUUUGUUCGCCAUUCUUGCUUAUCUACAAAUAAAAAUAAUAUCCAUUUCUUCUUUUGCUCUUUUCUAAACAGCCCAGAAUUUGGUUGAAAAGGUAUUUUCAUGCAAAAACCCGCAUUUAACUUUCGUAAUCGUCGUAUACACUCCUUGUGAUAGCAGCCAUGUUGCCAAAAUAUCACCCGGUUAAUGGAUAACUUUCGGUACUUUCAUUGUAUUCGCAUUGACCAAUCAACUCACGUUCUGAGUUGGAUUCUUCCAGGGCUUCUGACGAGCAAUAAGCGCAGAAGCCCUGGGUACGAGGUUGGGGAAAACCUAGUGUGAUUCAAUCUCGUACCCACUCCCCAGACCCAGGUGAUGACGAGGAUAUUAGAACUGAAGUUGUCUUUUAAAAGCUCUCUAACCUCUUUCUGGGAUCAUUUUUCUUCCCGACCAUAAUAUGAUGAAUUCAUAAGUCGAAUUAUUUGGGGCUGUCACAGUGCUUAUAUUUCUUUCAGGGAUAACAUUGGUUUCCCAAUAGUUGAGUUUGCAAGCGAUGGUAAAUUUAUAGUUACUAAACCACCUAACACCGGUGGUAUAGUCACCACAAGUACAGUCGCUGAACAGGUACAUAUACUCGUGUUUCUAAAAUUGUAAUAGCAGUGCAUGUACGGAUUUUGAAUGAGAGUGAAAACGUCCACCGAUUUAAUAGGGAUUUUGGUGAAAACGUCCACUGACUGUCCCCUUGGCAACAGCUUUGAGCUGUGAAUUACGGUGAAAAAUACUUUAUUCAUGGGCGAAUUAUAAAAUCGUUCAGUUGUGGUUUCGCCUCGGGAAACAUGCAUUGUCGGUCUAGGGUCCACAACACAUACUGUGUCCCAAUGGUCCUAGUCAGUAAGUGGUAAUUGUUUAGGGGGAUUGUAGUUGAAAGUUACUGAGUUUUCUUAACCUCCGUUUCUGCAUGUUGUUUGGCUGUGCUUAUUGUGCCCAUGUUUUCGAUACCGUCAUAGAGUAAUAUAUGACCGCCUAUGCCAUAAAACCUUUCUCGUGCUUCAGCUGAAAUCAUAGUUUCGAAAAUAUCUGGCGGGAAUAUAAGUACAUCGUCUGCUAUACACAGGGAAAAACUUGAAUGUAAAAUCUCUUACCAUUAUUGGUUAUAUAGGUUAUUAUAGAUUUCCCAUAUUGUAAAUUAGUAAAAACCAUGUUGUUUAAUAUUUACCAGGAAAAUACCAUUAAUGGUAAGUAUUAAACAUGUUUUUUUUUUACCAAUUUACCAUAUGGGAAAUGUAUAAUAACCAAUACCGGUAAAAGUUCGGUUUUUACAUUGAUAGUAUACAUGGUAAAUCUUUAAUUUAAAAACCAUUCAAAACCCAUUAAUGGAAAUUAUUUGCUGUGAUAGAGCCUCGCUUUCAUGAUACAGAUGUUUAGAGCGUUUUAUACCUUUUUAUUGGUGACAUAUUUAAAACAUCUCACCAGUACAUUGUGUGAUUGAUUUUGUUUUCUUCAAAUUUUAGCUUGUGUACGAAAUAGGCGAUCCUGAAAACUACAUUCUUCCUGAUGUUAAUUGUGAUUUCUCCCAAGUCAAGAUAGAACCAAUUGUUGGCGGUGAAGGUAUAGAAACCAUAUUAUUAAGUAGUAAUAAUAUACAUGAUAGAAAUUAUACAGAACCAAUUUCACAACUAUACAGAACCAGUCACAUGCGAAAAAAAAUAUUCACUCAUUUGAAUGACGCAACAACUUAAUACAAUGUUUGUGAUGUUACUCUGAGUGUAUAUCCACACCAGGCGAGCUUGAGAAAUAUACCCGGCCACGGUGGGAAUCGAACCUACGACCUUUGGAAUGCUAGCCCAAUGCUCUGCCAACUGAACUACGCGGUCAGGACGGUUCGAUGGUUCGAGUAAGUGAUAUUUCGGAACAGAAUCUAGUUCCUUCGAUACCAAUGUAAUCUAUAGUAAUAUGAUUUUUUCUGUGUUGGUGUUGUGUACUCAGGUGAAUAUGAUGUUUGUGAUGUUACUCUGAGUGUAUAUCCACACCGGGCGAGCUUGAAAAAUAUGCCCGGCCACAGUGGGAAUCGAACCUACGACCUUUGGAAUACUAGCCCAACGCUCUGCCAACUGAGCUACGCGGUCAGGACGGUUCGAGUAAGUGAUAUUUCGGAACAGAAUCUAUAGUUCCUUCGAUACCAAUGUAAUCUAAUAAUAUGAUUUUUUCUGUGUUGGUGUUGUGUACUCAGGUGAAUAUGAUGUUUGUGAUGUUUGUGAUGUUACUCUGAGUGUAUAUCCACACCGGGCGAGCUUGAAAAAUAUGCCCGGCCACAGUGAGAAUCGAACCUACGACCUUUGGAAUACUAGCCCAACGCUCUGCCAACUGAGCUACGCGGUCAGGACGGUUCGAGUAUGUGAUAUUUCGGAACAGAAUCUUGUUCCUAUUCAUAUUCACCUGAGUACACAACACCAAUAAAGAAAAAAUCAUAUUACUAGAUUACAUUAGUAUCGAAGGAACUAGAUUCUGUUCCGAAAUAUCACUUACUCGAACCGUCCUGACCGCGUAGCUCAGUUGGCAGAGCAUUCGGCUAGUAUUCCAAAGGUAUUAGGUUCGAUUCCCACCGUGGCCGGACAUAUUUUUCAAGCUCGGUGUGUAUAUACACUCAGAGUAACAUCACAAGCAUCAUAUUCACCUGAGUACACAACACCAACACAGAAAAAUCAUAUUACUAGAUUACAUUGGUAUCGAAGGAACUAGAUUCUGUUCCGAAAUAUCACUUACUCGAACCGUCCUGGCCGCGUAGCUCAGUUGGCAGAGCAUUGGGCUAGUAUUCCAAAGGUCUUAGGUUCGAUUCCCACCGUGGCCGGGCAUAUUUUUCAAGCUCGCCCGGUGUGGAUAUACACUCAGAAUAACAUCACAAACAUCAUAUUCACCUGAGUACACAACACCAACACAGAAAAAAUCAUGUUACUAGAUUACAUUGGUAUCGAAUGAACUAGAUUCUGUUCCGAAAUAUCACUUACUCGAACCGUCCUGACCGCGUAGCUCAGUUGGCAGAGCUUUGGGCUAGUAUUCCAAAGGUCGUAGGUUCGAUUCCCACCGUGGCCGGGCAUAUUUUUCAAGCUCGCCUGGUGUGGAUAUACACUCAGAGUAUAACAUCACAAACAUCAUAUUCACCUGAGUACACAACACCAACACAGAAAAAAAACUUAAUACAAGUUUGCAACUGUCAGAAGUCAAAACUUGAAUCAACACAUCUUUUGUGUGGGACUUGCAAGAUAUUACUUUUUGGCACCGAAUUAAAUUUUUGGCACUAUUUUCCAAUAAUAAAAAUUGCACUACCGAUAUAUGGCCAAUCAGAAUAUCUCUUGUAUAUUAUUACAUCAAUUAUGAAAUUAUUGAAUUAUGGGUGAACAGCAACAGAACAUCAUUUAAAACCUAGUAAAGCUAACGGAACAGGAUUCGUAUACGUAUACCACAUACAAUUAUUACAACAAAAAACAACAUAACCCGCUAGUUUUCCACUAACUCAAUAAACAAUGUUUUUAUGUUGGUUUAAAUUUUAGAAGAUAAAAAUCAAGCAGUUGUCGUAACAGGCGCGAAAGGGAAGCCUCCUCCAAACACUUACAAGGUUUGUUAAUUUUUGUACUACUUCAUUGUACAUCUACUGACAAUAGAUCAGGCAUAAAUUUUGGUUUGUGAAAAUUGCAUUGUAUUGCAUUGCAUUGCAUUGCAAAGCAUUGUAUUGUGUUGCGUUGCAUUGUGUUGUGCUGUGUUGUGUUGUGUUGUGUUGUGUUGUGUUGUGUUGUGCUGUGUUGUGCUGUGUUGUGAUGCGUUGCGUUGUGAUGCGUUGCGUUGUGCUGUGCUGCGCUGUGUUGCGCUUCGCUGUGUUGUGCUGUGUUGUGAUGCGUUGCGUUGCGCUGCGCUGUGUUGCGCUGUGUUGCGCUUCGCUGUGUUGUGUUGUGUUGUGAUGCGUUGCGUUGCGCUGUGUUGCGCUGCGCUGUGUUGCGCUGUGUUGCUCUGUGUUGCGCUUCGCUGUGUUGUGUUGUGUUGUGAUGCGUUGCGCUGCGCUGUGUUGCGCUGCGCUGUGUUGCGCUGCGCUGUGUUGCGCUGUGUUGCGCUUCGCUGUGUUGCGUUUUGUGGUAUCAUAUCGUAUCAUGUCUGGUAUUGUAUUAUGAACGCACUGUAAUUUCUUCCAACUUAAAGCAGAAUUGUUGCAAGUUGUUCCAACAACUUGUUACCAUCGUCCUAUGUUUAAACAGUGCAAUUUGUGACAGGUUGCAAAGGUCUGUUCAAUAUUGUCCCAACACCAUCCAACAGUUUUCAAACAUCGUUCUUUACUCUUUCCAACUAUUUUAAAGCAAGGAUUUUCAAUUUCGAUAAAUCGUGUGAUCUUAUUCAACAGUUUUCAAACAUCGUUCUUUACUGUUUCCAACUAUUUUAAAGCAAGGAUUUUCAAUUUGGAUAAAUCGUCUGAUUGUAUCCAAAAGCAUAUGAAAAUAUAUGCAGUUAAAUUCUAUUAACCGUGGUUAAACUAAGUAUUUCAACACUGUUACAUGAUGUUUGGCAUUGUUGGGUCGAUUUGAACAGACCUUGCGUUAGAUAACAUAACAGCAUUGUUAUUAAUUAUUCACUGACCAGUAAGGGUGGGUUAAUUCCGGUUUUUUAACUCCGCACCACAGCUGGUUUGUAGGCUUGAAGUCCACCUCUGGCUCCCGUAGAUAAUGUAAACUGAAAAACGACAUGCGUGGAUUUGGAUAAACUGAAAAAUAAUCUGCCCUUUUAUCCAACCGCUUGGCCGUGAACGAAAACAAACACACUUUCGAAAUUUUGCCCGAUCCGCAUGGGGGUGGGGGUCCUCCGUUAAGUAACACUCGUUUUGGUGUAUUGUUAUUCUAUCGUUCUUUGUUUGUCGUACGUGUCGUUUAUUUGUCCUUGUGCUUUGUGAUUGUGCGAAUGACCAGAGGAGAUAGACAGAGUGGGAAAAUAUAUACAACUCCGCGACCUCUGACAACAAAAUGCCCGAGCUCCGGCCGCCGGUGCUCCGUCGCCCUUUCUUAUUCACCAGGGGCCGGUUGUAUAAAAAGGUGAUUAAAGUUAAUUAUAGUUAGUGGAAACGUCAUCCAAUAAGAAGCGCGUAUUUGAGAGUUAAUCACUAUUUAACUACAAAAUAGUGAUCAAAAAAGUUAUUAAGAGUUUUAUACAACCGGCCCCAGGUUGACAAGUCACAAGGUGUGAAAAUUUUACAUUUUGUUUCUCUCAGGUGAGUGCAACUUACUCUGAUGGUUUCAGGGCAACAGCUGUUUGCCCAGUUGGAGGACCCAAUGCGGCCGCAAAGGCAAGACGAGUUGCCGAGAGUAUUUUAAAAAGGUAAAGGUGGAUUGAAUAUUUUAUAAGUCAUUUAAGCUAAAUAUCCUAUAAUUUAAUAUAAUUUGACUUUUGUUUCAAAAUAUUAUGAAUCAUUAGCAUUGCAUACUUCGUGUAAAGGACUAAAGACCAUGUCAUUCAGGCGAUUUUUGUUGCAAUUUGCAACGCAACAUCUGGCACAGAGCCAUAUUUGUCUCUGAAAAUCUCUAUAUGGAAACGUUGGACUUUUUUGUUUAGAACUAGAAAAUUAUUUAAACUUCGUGGAUUUGAUGACUAUACGAGAACACACAUCCAGGUUAGUCAAAAUGCUGUUCAGUCUGCUCAGCUAUUAAUGCUGCUGGCCUAAUCUCGCUUAAUAUCAUGCCUAUAUAUAGUAUAGGGGCAGAUUGUACUUGCUAGAAUUGGGUUUUUUAUAAAUUAAAAUUCCUUUUUAUUAAUCGCAGGGUUUAAAAAAAUAACUGUGCUUUCACAUCUUUUCAGGCAUUUUUGGAAUGGUUAAAAAAUCAUCCGGUGGAUAGCGCUAUCUAUAUACAAUAUAGGUCAAUAUACACAAUCUGUGAGAUUUUAAUGAGUUUUAACAGUGGACAAAAUGUCAAAAGUAAUCAGCUAUUUCUCAAAAAAUUUUAACCAUUUUGAUUACAGAAUAUUAUUUUAUAAAACUGCAGAAAUUAUCGAAGGCAAACUGAAACGUUUUACAUUCAUAUUGAGCAUAUUUGGGGUAAAUACCAAUAAAAAUGAUCGUGUUUUGUGAUUGGCUGAUUUGGCUCAUGCACGAAACAAUAGUGAUCAGUGUUUAUGACUCGUUCUUUAGAAAGAUGAAUUCUAUAGUUCAUUGUCUUUUCCCUGAGCAUGCGCUGAGCGUGUCAAAGCCCUCCCUUCUUCACUUCAUUUUGUAAUUGCCCAAACGAAGUUAGGCAUCGUUUUGUAUACGCUACGUGAAUUUGUUUGUUUCUUAGGGACCGCUCAUUAUUUAUGGCUGGGGGUGGCACCGAAGAGAAAUGUUUUGGUAAACAUUUUGCCGAUCCAACCAUUAAAAAGUUUUAAAAAAGUUUAACUCAACCUCGAAUAUUAAUUUAAAAAUAUAUACCAUGCACCCCUGGCUAAAAACGUUACAAAAGGAUACAAUUCAGUUGUCACUUCUGUGACACGAGUUUGAUAACUGCUUGUGCAAUUUCUGCAGUCUAAAGUUUCAUGUUGUCUGCACAUGUACUUUCUUUGGAAACACCAUUUGCCUUCUGACAAAUCGGAAAGUGACUCUGAUUGAUUGAUUUACAUAUUUUAUUGAGAUAUGUCUGUUGACAUUUCUUUUUAGUCUUCAACAUUUGAGUGAGUCAUGCUUUGGAAAGACAAUAAAUUUUUAUUAUAUACUCAACCCUCGAGCAGUUUUUUUUUCAAUUACCCAACCUUUUACUCACCCAAAAUUUUGUUUACCCAAACCUUUUCUCUUCGGUGCCACCCUAGCUCUAUAAAUAAUGACCAUGACACUCUUACUUUGUUCGGAAUCAUAAGCCUUGAUAUUUAUUCAAAUAUUGUAUGUCUUUGUGCUUGUGGUGUACUUGUUUUCGGAUACUCAGGACAUCGCACUGUAGCACUAUGUCUGAUUCUUUCAACAAAUCACAUUUCAGUAAUCUUGUAAUGCAGAUUGGAAUAACGCUUGCAAAACUCCGUUGUAUAGGUUCUUGGUGCUGAAGAUACGUAUGGAGAUCAUGCGAGACGGACCUUUGUGGAAGUGAGUAGAGAUCUUAGAAUUUACCUCCAUUCUUUUAGGUGGGAAGAUGCAAUUAUGGUUUACUUGUGGGAGGUUAUACGUGUUAAUGUGCAGAUAUAUAUGGUGAAAAUUUCGUGGUUAAGCUAGAAAUAAUACUGUUCUAAGUAAUAUUUCAAAUCCGACUAUGAGGACUGGACUAGAUUUCAAGUCCGCGUAAUUUGAUCAAGGCCGAGGCGAAGCCGAGAACUGGAUCAAAAUGCGAGGACUUGGAAUCUAGAAAUGGCAUCUCAUACGAAUAAAUCACUACAUAAAGUGUGGUGAAUUAAUUUUGAUCCAGUUCAAAGACGGAAUUAAUUUUGAACCAUGAAUUAUUAAUGAGUUUGAGAUUUUCGGUUAACGUAAUAUUCCUGAUUAUAUUUCCUGGUUAUUUUAUCCCGCUUUCUACCAUAGUGUGGUUAAUGUAACCUGACAGGAAUAUCUGAUUAUAUAUUAGACCAGGACGCCCUUGUUAAAGUAACCAGACUAUAUGUUAGGUGCAUGAAUAUUCGAAAGUCAGCUUAAUCUUAGGUUAACGAAAAAUUCAAAGUUAUCUUCCGAACAGUUUGUUUAUAAACAUGGAAAUAUUUUUGCAGAAAUGUUCUCUGGAUCAAUAGAAGUAAUAACAAACCUAACGAGCAAAACAAUCAUUUUACCUCUAAAAAAGACUUUACACAAACGGCAUAUUUAAAGACCGCGCAUGUCAAGUCCGUAAUGUAAACAAAUCCUUUGUUUACAUUUUGAACUGCUAUAUUUGUAAAAUAAGACAUACUAACUGAAUAUCUAACAUCUUUCUGGUUCGCUAUUGUAAAUGAAUAUAAACUAGAGUACGUUUCAAUUCAAGAUGCAAAAUUUGGGCAAUGUUUAUAAACACCGCGGAAAAACGUCUGCGCAUGCGUCACCCUUACCUGUAAUAGUAUUGCGAACUUGAUGAGAAGCUGUUCCAAACGUUUCCGAAGGCUCAAAAUGGCGGUAAAAAGGAGUGACUUCAUUGUGUGUCUUUACAGCCAGAUUUCAAGCGCAAAAAUAAACAUGUCAUUCUAAAAACUAGAAAUAAAUACAGCCAGAAGGUUCAAGAAAUUGUAUUGUACAAGAACAUGGACUAAAGGUGAUUGUUGACAAAUUUAUCGUCUGAAACAUUUUGUUUAUCAACUAAGCUACGACAAUUUCCGAAUUUUCGUUUGAGAUACAUUUCUUUAAAAAAAACUGUGUCGCCAAAUAUAAAAAAUUUUCGUGUUCACAAUAAUUAAACUUUAGGAUUUAUUCUACAAUUUCAGUGGGUUAAGAAGCUUAACUUUUCGAGAGUUUUCUUAACUUUUUAGUUUGAAUUUUUGUUUUGAAUAAUUUUUCAAAAAUGUUCGAAGUCGUGUCCGUUAAAAUCAACAUUUUUUUGCACGAAUUAUAUUUCAUUCCAUACUUUAAAUGCCAGGACGCUUUCAAUUAAUGUCUAGUCUACCCAUUUGCUAUAUUUUCUCGUUUGUUUUACUAAUUUUUGACCAAUUAAUAAGCAUGUUUUUGUUUUAGAAAUUGAUAUUCAAAUUCCCCGCCAUAUUUUCAUAAUUUGGUGCAUGCGCAGACGUUUUUCCGCGGUGUUGUUUAUACCUGUGUGUCCCCCUUUGUUAUGAGCAGAACUGAUGCGCAGAACGGACUUGACAUGGUCUUUCAAAAAAAUUACCCAGUCAUACGUCAACCUAUAGAUAUCGAAAAAUUCGUCAAUGAUAUGGAACCAAAUGAUUUAACCAUAGAGACAGUUAGAAAAUAUUACAUAUCAUUCUGGAAACAACAAAUUAGUAGGCUAAUUCUACUAAAUUAUCAUUUUGUACAACAUUUAAAAACCGUUAUAAUUUAAAAGAAUACUUAAAGAUCAUAAAAGACUCCAACCAGAAAAGAAUGUUCUCAAAAUUUCGAAGUAGUAAUCACAAACUGGAAUCAAAUCGUUUUUCGGUCGGAAUUCAGGCAAUUUAUCCAUGAAUAUUUAUAGUUAAGCAAAUAGGAUUAUUUCUAGACUGACCAGGAAAAUUUUAGUGUUUUUAGAUUGUAAAAGUAUGAGCGAUGACAAUUUGGUCCAUUUUAUAGAUUAGUCAUUUUCAUUACUUGCCAGAAAAUUUGAGACAAACUAGCACGCAGUCUAUAUAGACCUCAGUUACUUAGUACAUAUUGUAUAACAUAUAUGCCCGUGUCGGCGUGUCUACGUGUAAUUUCUCUAGUGCGUAAUUUCUUUGCUGGAUAAAGUGUCCUACAAUUUCGGGAUAUAUUUCUUUCUGAAUAGGAUACAAGAGAAGGUGCCCUGUGGUUUGCUGUACAUCAUCAACAACUGAAAGCUCUGGGAAUAUUUUCAAUGGAAAUUGCUUCGGCUGGAACAGGAAUGGGUUUGUACAUUUUUUACGUCUUAUUUAAUGCACCCUAUGUACGGUAACAGACCUGCAUGGUCAACCCAAUUUUUUCAUCAGGUUUUUUAUGACCUGAUUUAAGAUUUGCCAUGCACGCGAGGACGCCAGAACGCAUGACAAUUUACCUGCAGGCCCUACAUGAGAAUAACACCCAAAUUCUUCACUAAAGGGACACAUUCCUGACAGGAAAGUCUAAAGAAAUGUACAGGUCCCAGCUAGUGAGGCGAUAAAUAACCCAUCAUGCACGCAAGACCGUUGAGGCCGGAGAGCGCUAUCAACUGUAUCGUGAUUUCUUCAAGCCUUCUAAAAUUGUCUGCUGAUUGCAAUGUAUAACGCAGAUUGAACUUUAGAAUUUAUAGAUUUAAGUUUCUUCAUAUUAGUUGUGAGGGCCAUAUCGGUAGCAUGAUAGCCUUGAAAGACUCGCUAUCCGCUGUAUCCUACAUAUAUCAAAUCUCUUUAGGCUACUUAUACUCAUGACAUACAUAACUAUAAUAACAGAUUUUCUUCCAACGUUAAAUUUUAUGUGAAACAUUCAUGUUUAAAUAAACUGAAUAACUCCUUUUCCAAAACUGGUCCAAGAAUAUGGAACAGUACUCCAUGUGACUUAUACGUAAUUUUCCAAAGAAUAAAUUUAAGAAAACAUUACAUUAAGUAUUAGUUUCUAUAUUUACAAAUGAGGAGGAUUAUGUUGAUAUCGCAACGUUAACAAAAAGAUUGAAAAAUAUAACAAUUAAGGAUAAAUUCGGCUAAACUCUUCUAAGGAUAAAUUAUUAUUAUUGCAUAUAUUUUGAAACUUUUGUGUAAUUUUGAUUUAUAACUCGUGGUCUUCCAGACAAAAUGGCUUUUGCUACCUGCGGACAACUGUCAAAUGUUUGUAAUUUUUUUGUUUUUGCUUAAAAAGAAUUGUUGUUGUUGUUGCUGUUGAUAGCGCUAUCCGGCCUUCGCGUACAACCAUGCCCCAGAAGAAUAUACUCAAAUGCAAUUGUGUAUAUUGUCGAAUAUGGCUGUGAAAUAUAUCCUAACAAAAAAGCUCUCUUGGAAGAUGUUAUGGUUUUGCAAUAAAAACAAUUUAGUAGGAAGCCACGCCCUGGUGUUAGUGGGUUUUUCUUCCAACUAUUUGAAAUGACACGUUGCAAAAUUUAUGCAAUGUUAUGUUAAUUUCAGCCAUUUUUAAACAUUUUAUUUGUAAUUCUGUAGCACCUGGGCUAACCGGUAUUGUUGGAGGAAGGCCAAAACCGUAAGUUAUAAUUGCGCUUCUUAAAAUGCUUCGGAACUAAGUAGAAAGUGAAUUACCCUUAUUUAAAUAGGCUCAGAUUGCAAAAGAACUCGUAAUUUUUUUACAAGUCCAUAUGACUAUUAUAAUCGGCAUUUUGUAUAAGGUUUGUCAGUAACAGUUGACAGUAACAAUUGAUAAAUGCAUCAUAUAUAUGAUAAAUGCAUGUGGCAAAUCCAAUGAAAUUGACCCGUAGGCAACCGCACUGAUUCCAGAGAGGAAAGUGGAUUUAUUAUACCUAAUCGUUGCCUUCAUUGGUAUUGUGAAAUUAAAAGCAACUGGUGAAUGAAUAGUAAGAUUUUUAUUCCUGUGCUCGGCCACUGAGGGUUAGUCUGUGAGACAAGAAAACCUGAGAACCCGGAAAAGCCCUCGGAACAUAAACGAGAAAGAACAACUCUGCCUACAUGUAUUUCCAAUCACAUCAAGUAUUCUGAACCUCGACCUAUACCAGUGGCGUAACCGUACCUUCUGAGGCCCCCCGUCAAAUUUUUAAGUGGGGCCCUAUUUUUUUCAAAAAAAUUAAAAAGAAAAUUUUUUUUCGAACCAUACUCCUUAAAAAAAAGGUGUUAAGAAAAUAUUCCGGUCUAUGACAAGUAAAAAAAAGUCACAAAUUUCACAAUUUCACUAAUCCUGCUUUUGGGGGCCACCCGUUUCAAAUUAUCUGACCCUCUAUAACUGAGGCUAGGGACAAUUUUCCCAAUGUACUAGCAAAAUUUUGUAUGGUAAUUUUUGCCGGGGGCCCCCAGGCGUGGGGCAUCUCUGGACAUCCAAACACCCUCCAGUUACGCCACUGACUUGUGCAGUAUAUAGCAGGUUUAACUGAGUGAUAUAGGCAGUGCGCUUAAACAAGAACAAUUAUCACAUGGAAUCACAUUCCAUUUAAUCCCUCUUCGCAACCUAGCAUUCCAAGUUUGAAGUCAAUUGUUAUACUUUCGAUCAAGUCGUUCACAGUUUAAUUAACUUACUAAUUAGUACCACGUGUUUUAUUUUGUUACUCUUGUUGUUCUCAUUAUUGUUGUUGAAAUUGUUUUUGUUUGUGUUUUUUCUUAUCAAUUACUUUUAAAUAACAGUAUAUUUUGUUUCGUAGCAUAGUAUGUACAUAAUGAUAUGUAUAUGUUAAUUAGUUAACUCCUCCUGGUAUUUAGAAGUAAUUCAUUAAAGCAUCAAAAAACCGCGUAUUCAACUUAUAGCAAAGCUUUGCCCAGUUUUAAAGUUUGUCCAAAGUAAUAUAAACAUUGGAAGUAAGUUCAACGUGGCGAAGCUGCUGAUGUUGGUCGGCGUAAUAAACUUUCCUCAUUUGAAAUUUUAGGACACCAGUUUUGAAACUUUUUUCCUUCUUGUAUCCAAAAGAAGAAGUGACGUUACAGUUACAUGUUAAUGAAGAAUUAAUUGAGACGUUACCAAAACCCUUGGUUAACGAACAGCCAACAGAAAAUCAAAAGACAGAAUCUUUCACGCAGGGUAGUUAUUUGAGUGAUUCUUUAUAAGAUUUAGACCGUAGCUCGUGUAUUAACCCUCGUCUUCUCCGAUAAUUCCUCUUUUUAGAGAAAGACAUUUGACACACCCCUAAUUGUCGAAAAGAUUUUGUACGAAUAGGAAGUUCAAAUCAUGGAGCGAUAUAAAUAUUCUGUUCAGAUCAUGGAGCGAUAUAAAUAUAAAUUGGAGCGAUAUUAAUAUAAUCAUGGAGCAAUAUUAAUAUCCUGUUCAAAUCAUGGAGCGAUAUAAAUAAUAUAAAGGGAAACGCAUUUGCAAAUCUUCUUUUCCGAAAGCACUACACUUAAUGGUGUGAUCUUUGAAAGCCCCCGCUCAAGUGUUGGAAUAAAACAACAUCUAAAAUUUUCUUUUUUGUUAACUGUAUAGUAGACAGUUAGUGAAUUAGUAAUUUUGUUUUAAUUAAGGAAAUCUCUUUUCAGAUCUUCCACAAGGAGCUUGCACAUUUCCUCUCAGUGCUUUAGCUCAUACUCGUAGUGGUGAUAAAGGAAACAGCGUUAAUAUAGGUACGUUCAAACAUUGUUAACUACUACUAUACGUUAGUUAGAUUUUUAGCAUACUGUACAAGCUGGGCAGUCGACGCCCUAGUCCCUUGCAGUGGUGGGUCCAGCAAGGUUUUUUUAGGGUCACAAGAUUAAUGUCGAAGAUUGUAGCAUCCAACUUGUUUUUAAUCAGAAUUUACAAGUUGCUAUUUCAGUCAGAAUGCAAUUUGUUAGCAAUUUUAUAGGGUUUUUUUUAUACAAAUCGUCCUUGUAACAUAUUUCAUCUUUAUUUUCCCAUUGUAGGAGUCAUAGCCCGCCAUCCGUCAUAUUUACCAUUUAUUCGUGCUGCUCUAACUCCUGAAGCUGUACAAGAAUACUUUAAGCACUUAUUUGAAGAGUCUGACAUGAAAACGUGCCAAGUUUACAGGUGUGAUUUUCAAUUCAUUAAUCUGACGAGGAUUGGCGUAGUUUUGAGGUCUACAGGAGGAGUGAUUUCUGUUUAAAAGUUUAUACACAUGAGUAGACCCGUUUUCUUUGCUAAUUCCUUGACUGUACCCAUGCAUGCUAGCCUGCUCGCAGCCCCCACCUGAAAAUCUGAAACGGAAAAUUAGGGUUUCCGAUUUUCCUUACUUUUCUCAAUGUCACAAACCCUGCAUUUGUAUAUUUGCCGGGAAAGCGGAGUAUCCACCUGGCCAGCAAGACUUUGUGGCCUCCCUUUCUUUCUUCCUCCCUCAUGUUUUGGCCUUGUCAUAUUUGUAACUUUGUACUACUUAUCAGUUCUUUAAUUUAAAUCUUUUGUUUUGUUUAUCAACUUCGACGUGCGCCCAGAGUUUGUAUAGGUCAGCGGCAAUGAUGACAUUACUUGAUGUAAUAUUCAGAUAAAGUUCAUAAGUAGAUAAUAAUGGUUUUCUCUUGUUUCUAUCCACCGAACUGACUUUACGCAAUUACGCGUGAAGUAAAUUCUUCCAAUGGUUAUUAAUUCAUGCUUUUUAUAUACUGCCUUCUGGUAUUUUAAUAGAAUACAAAUUACUAAUCCUACUAAGUAGGCCCCUUGAAUAAAUAAUUCAAUAUAUAUUGUUCGUAAUAACAAUAUUAAAUGAAAUAAUAUUAAUUAACACAUGUAGUUUUGUAAAAUAUAUGAAUUUUUGAAAUGAACAUCAACCUUACUUCAAAACCAGAGUAUUACCUACUCCUGAUCAAUCAUUAAUUAUUUUCUUAGGAGUCCGAACCGCUCCAGGAUUGGGGAAGAAAGUAACCCUUCCAAAAUUUUGGGGGGGGGGGAAGAAACCCCUCUGGUAAUUAUAUACACCCCUGUAAAUUUCCUUUGAACGAAAUUUCGAGCUGCGAGCAGGCUAAUGCAUGUACGAUCAUAACAAGAUCCACAUGAGUAGACCCGUUCUCCUUGCUACUGUAAUUCCUUAACUGUACCCAUGCAUGUAUGAUCAUAACAAGAUCCAAUUAUUCCACUAUUCAUGCCAUCCAGUCACAAAUUGUUUAGACCUAUUUGUGGCGGUUUGCAAAGUGCCUAAAGAAAUAUACGUGCAUGAUCGAUAUUGAUGUCAAUGACAUAAACACUACAGUGCAAAUUCACGUAAUCGAAAAUUCACAAUGGCGUUGUGUGUAUAAGACAACGACAAUUUUCUCCUUCCAGUAGUUUUUGGCCAAUAUUAUAGUUGAACUACAGAUCUGCAAACAAGUUGUAACAAGGUUGUUGUCAAGCCGAUAUCAGGAUGUUCCCAUGUACUGCUUGUUCUUAGUUGUUGUGACAAGUCUGGAACAAGUUGUCAGGGCUGCAAAUUACUGUCGGACAUCGGACAAUGUCCGACUAAAUUUGGCAAAUGUCCGAGCAAAAGUAAUUUUGAUCGGACAUUGGUCCGAUCACAAAAAAAAUUGUCACAUACAUUUUUUUGCUGUCACAAAAUCCGAUUGCAAAUUCACUCAAUUUGCAUUUUGCAAUAAUAUUUAUGAGGCAUUAUAGCAUUUAACUUAACGUUGCAUCGGAAUAUCUAUACAUACUUUUCUCGUGACUUAUAUAUAUCUUGUGACGUAUACUGUAUAUGUCUGACCAAAUUUAGUGGUGUUGGUUUUUGUCCGACCAAAUUCAAGUUAUGUCCGACCAAAAUUAAAAGUGAUCGGACAAAUGUCCUGUCAAGUCAAAUAUUUAUUUGCAGCCCUGUGUUAUCAUCUUGUUACAAGUUAAGGUUGAUGACGGUAACAGACUUGCUGCAAGUUGUUCCAACAAGACUAUAGUGCCUUGUUGUCAUCAACUUGUUAACAGCUUGUUACGUGCAGACGACACCAGACUUGCUGGAACAACUUGUUGCGAGUCUGUUGGCCUCAUCAACAUUGUUGCAAGAUGAUAACAACUUGUUCCAGACUUGUCGACAACUGGGAAUGAGCAGUGCGAACACAACUUGUUAACAAGUUGUAAGAUUUUUACCCGUGUAACUAUCACAAGUCCUCUUAUUGAUUGAAACUGAAAAAUUAUGUGUUCUGACUUUGCGUCAAACUUUCUAGGUACGAGCUUCCUGGUAUUAAUGCAUUGAAUUUUGUGUUAAAAAAUUCUCUUGGAGGUGGUGGUGUAGCAUCAUUAAGAAGUGAUCCGCAGGUCAGUGUCAUAUUUGGAAUAUAGUGCAUAAAUAAAUGAAAGUAUGACAUAAAUCCGCCAUUGAAGGCUGUUACCAAAGGGUGCCAUACCAUAUUAAACAGAUAAACAAAUUAACAGGCCACAAAUUGAAACAAACAGGGUUAUGAUAUGCAAAUUUCUAACGAUAAAGACAAACGACAUGUUGAUACCGUUUUCGCUAUAUGAGAUCCUCAUUGAAAUUCUGGACUCAUGAAUGAAAUAUUUGAGUAAUUUGAAGCUGUUAAGAUUGUUCAUGUAUCGAGAAAGCUAUAUAAAAAAUUUAAUGACCGUCUUCCCUAUCACACACUCCGCGUCCACAACCACCGGAAUGCUAUACUCAGACGUGGAGUUGAAUUAUACGACAAAGUAAUAUUCGUAAGCAUCAUGGGAAUUGCGUUGGGCACACGCAAUAGGGGAAAGGGAUCACCACAGUAUAAAAGGUUCAGUUGACCUAACAAUAUAAUCUAGAUAAUAUGAUAUUUUUUCAGGUAGUUGUACUUCAUACAAAGGUUGCUGUUCAUUGUAUUAUUUGGCUUUUGUAACAGAUUUCUAUCAAAAAAUAAUAGAUAGAAGAUGCCAUUUUAACUGAAACGUUUGUAUUUCCAGGGUAAAGCAUUGGGUCAGAUGCUGCUGGAUUUCAAGAUAACAAAUGUUCCAGAUAUUACACCUUCCAAUGUCGAGCCUAACACAACUGUUUAAUUGUUUAAUGAACACGCACGGUGUCUAGGUUUUCUACUACAAAACAAGUCUUACCAGGGAAAUUGUAAAUGAAACUUUCCUAAACUUGGAAAUUCUAAAUGAAACUUUCCACGGUAUAGUACUAGACCAUUAAUAUAAGACCUUCCUGAGAAGAAACUUGAUUGUAUGGCUAUAGUAUUUAUGAGUAGAUGAAAGAGAAUUAUGAAAUUAAAAAGGCCUCUUUUAACAUAUAAACUAUAUGGGGGAGAGGCAAGUAUAUCUUUAGCUCAGAUUGGUUUAGUAUUCCGAAGACCAAAUCGUCGUCUACC